UUUGUUUUCUCUUUAUUUUCAUUGUUUAUUUCAUUUAUUAAAUCUUAUUAAUAUUGUGUUGUUGUCUAAAAACAUUUUUAAUUUGAAUUAAGGACAAACGUGAUUAGAAACCAUAAUUGUUUCUCCACUGUGUACAGGAUCCACAAAAAUGGCCAGAGUCCUGUUCUGCCUGGGAGUCCUGUUUUUAUUAGAACACACUACAUCCCAAACAGUGAAUGGCAACUGGGGUCAGUGGUCAGCUUACGGGGCGUGUUCGGUGACCUGUGGUGUAGGAACACAUCAGAGGACGCGGUCAUGCGACAGUCCAGCGCCAUCUGGUGGUGGCUCUACUUGUCCAGGGGACGCAAUGGAGGCCAAAACCUGUUUCGACACCACGUGUUAUCCAUCAAUACUUGGGAGUUUGGAAAGGAAUUGCUCUUGGACAUAUUUUGGAUGCAAGACGGGAUCGAUGUCCUGUAUUGAUUUUAGCUUCCGGUGUGACGGGAAAAAUGACUGCGAUGACGGAAGUGAUGAAAGUACGGAAGUGACCGGGUGCCCCACGGACUGCAGUGACAAUGGCGCUGGUAAGCUCUAUUCGUGCUUUUUCUUUCCGCUGCUCAGACUGGGCCGAUAA